AUGUGCCCCCGAGGAAACAUCCUUCCUUUCCCAGCACCUACAUGGCAACCGAAAUCAAAGCCAGGCAUAAUAGCCGUGCUAAUGGGUUGCGUUUUGGUGACUGCUGCAAUGCAGGGUUAUGAUGUGGCCAUGAUGGGUGGAAUGAAUAUCUUGCCGCAGUACACGCAGUAUUUUCAACUCUCAACUGCCACCCGUUCUUUGAACGUCGCCACUAAUUACAUUGGGGGGGCCUUGUCUUGUUUCUGCUGGGGAUGGGUUACAGAUACCUAUGGUCGGCGUGUCGGACUGUUUUGGUCGGCAAUGAUCACCGUAAUCGCUGCCAUCAUGCAAGGGGCAGCACAGCACAUCGCCAUGUUUUGCGUAGCUCGGAUUUUCAUUGGGUUUGGCACAACAGCCUCUGUCAUUUCUGGAUCCGCUUACCUUGCCGAGACUCUACCUUGGGAGCAAAGGGCAUGGGGUCUGGCUUUGUUUGACGACUUGUUUUACGUCGGCGCUCUCGCGGCCGCAGGUGUGACGUUCGCAUCAUUUCGACUUAAUAGCACCUGGGCAUGGCGACUACCGAGCUUGAUUCAGGGGGUUUGGGGGCUAAGUUGCAUCCUUGUGUUGCCGUGGAUUCCAGAGAGCCCUCGUUGGCUGGUUGAUCAGGGACAUGCGCAAGAUGCGCUCAUUGUCCUUGCUCAGGUCAACUCAAAAGGGAAUACGAGGGAUGAUAUGGUACGACUUCAGUUCCGGCAAAUAUGCGAAACCAUCGAGUAUGAAAGAGAUCCCAUGUCAUAUAAAGAGGCACUCCGUAACCGAGGAGCCAGAAAAAGGCUCGUUAUCACGGCAACCUGCGCCUUGAUCUCUAUGCUCACUGGCAACAUAUUUGUAAUGUAUAACAUUGGGAAGAUGCUCAGUCACGCCGGCUUAAGCGAUGAAAGUUCACAGCUGCUUGUGGUAAGUUGUGCUACAGCCUUUUGGUAA